AUGAAAGUCGUCUUAUUCUUCUCCGCCGCUCUUCUUGGCGGCAUAGCUGCCGCCCCAACAGCUGCGGAACAUCAGAUAGCCAAAGCGCCACCCAGAAUCUAUCCCUGGCAGAACUCUACACAGACUCUGCAAAGCAUUCGAGAUAAUUCUCCGUCAUGUAACAUCACAUCCACUCAUGUCCACCGCAGCGACUCUGAGGAUAACUGCAGCGAGGUCGAUGCCUGCCGCAGUAAGAAGGCGCCGAUAAGCCGUCACGAGAUCGAAAAGUUCAACGUCACAUUAAAACCCAUACCAAAGUUUGAACCGGAACGGCCAAAGAAUAUGGAGAAGCGGCAAUGCCACCCGUGCUGCACUGAUCCCGAGGAGUCCAAGCCCCCGGCCGGAUAUCCUAAGCCCCUUCACCCGGAAUUGCCCAAGUGGGGAUGCAAAGACUUGGCUGCGGACUGCAGUCAAUGCGGACAGCCUCCAGAGUGGGAGUGGGUUAUUCCUGGUGGCGCCAACGACAAGAAUCUGGGCAAGGACUAA